CGUGUCCCCUAACACAGCCCCCACAUCCCCGUCCCUGUCCUCCCCAGAGAUGCCCCUCAGUGCAUCUCUGACGCCCCCCUGCCCCAAACACGGCUCUCGGGCCUCCCUCUCCCCACAGACACGGGCGCGCCUCUCGGUUGCAGCGUCAGGAGCAGUGGGGCAGGUGGGAGGGGGCUGUCACUGGGGUCUGCCCGUCCUGUGCUCCAGAGUCCGCUCCCCGUGGGUCCAUGUGGCACCUCCCAGCACCCCCUCUCCACCCCGUCUCCAGCUGGUGGGAUUAAACUCUCCAGUGCCCGCCUUGGGUGCCCGCCUUGGGCACCCACCACCCCCACAGGACUCCCAGGACCACCUCCCUUGGCCAACAGGUGCCCACCCCAGCCUUCCCCAUGUCCUCAAACUCUAUCUUGUCCUUAAACCAUCGGCAGGCAGGAGCCACCUCAGGCACUGCUGGUGGGACACCUUCUCAAAGGGCUGCAGGGACAUGCCAAUCCUGGAGCAGGGACACCAGCAUCAACCAGCAGGCCACAGUACCCCUGCCAGGGCUUGACUGGAUCUGUCAGACCAUCCCUGCCUCAGAGGCAGUAAAUUGUGUCACCAGGACAAUUAGACAUGUGCCCAACACAGCACCCUGCCAUGCAGAGCUUCCCCUUGCUUCCCAGAAGAAUUAGACUCUUCAGCAGAGCUCAUGUCCUGCAGUUUUGGAUACUCCAGGAAGCCAUGGCCGUCCCAGCUUUCCUGUGCUCCCUGAGGUGUGCUCAGCUGUCCACCCUCUGCACCUCCCCACGCUGCAAGUCAUGUGCAGCUUUGAGACCUGACCUGCAGAGGAAUCCUGGGCCACCACUGGACAAGGACAUUGCCCACCCUCCUGGUCCCAUCCUCUCGCAUUCUGCAGUUCCCAAAACUGUGGCUCUUCUCUGGAUACGACUUAUGGCAGCAGGACUUGGUGGGCUGCAAGCGUCAAACAGCAGCAGAGCCAAACUAGUGAUGUACCAAGAACUGCUCCUCCUCCUCUUUCUCCUCCUCCUUGUGCGGUCUCACCAUCAGGCAAAAGCAACUUCCUGGCGUUGCACACAGCACUUCACCAGCGGUUAGGAAAGAGCUUCUGGUUUCAAGGGAGGGGGCCUCAGAGAGGCUUGUCCUGCAUGCUUUGAGUGGUCUUUAGCAAGGAGGCGAGCACACAGGAAAGCAUCCACUGAUGGAAGAUGACACAUCUGGAGGGGAGAGACACCAUGGUGAGGCACCUUCGGGCAAAGUUCCAACAGAACAGGAAAGAACCUCCCAAAGCAGGUGGCUGGCCAGAGAGUCGCCCUGCAGCCUCUCAUGGACCAGAGCCAGGACAGACCCUUGCCACGGCCUCCAAGGGUGAUCCUCCUCAGCAGCCCCCCUGGAGCACGAGAGUGGACUGCAGCAGGCCCUCUCCAUCUCACAGUACAGGUCAGAGUUUGGGACAGCAUUCACCUCACUCUGCCUGUGAGAACCCAGCACAAAUGGUGAGUUGGAAAAAAGGGAGGUCUCAAGAUGCCAACUUCUACCCAGUGCCUGCAAAGCCAGGAGGACAUGUGUUGAACAAGAAGGUGGAAGCCAGCUCUGGUCCUGCCCACAGGAAGCCAGCCCAGCAGACACAGCCACCUGCCAAAAACAAAGGAGCUCCAGCAGUUCUUGCCAAAGGCGCAGCUGUUGCUGCCCCCCCGCUUGCUGUGGGAAGGUCCCAAAGGACAGAGCACCAAGCUCUGCCCCAGAGGAAGCCUUUGCCACAUGUCAGGGAACUGGGAGUGAAGCCAGGCAAGCCCCAGCGCCCUCCUGAUGUGGAUUUAGCAAAGUUCAGAGCAGCUGCACAUCCUGGGACAUCCAUCUGUCUUGCCACAGAACCAAGGAGUACUCAGCUGGGUCACCUGCAACCAGGCUGUGCUGCAUCAGUGCCUGCACGGUUCCCACUGCAGGAUGCUCCGAGUGGCGCAGGGGAUAAAGAUGAAAUAUAUGAUGAUGUUGAGUCUGUUGGGCUGGCCAGAAGAAGCUCAGGCCUUCUGCUGCCUUCUGUGUCCCAGCUGCCAGUGUAUCCCUGCUCCAGAGGAGAGUUUGGUUUUACAGGUGGAAAUUCUGGCCGAGCCUCUAACAGGGUUACCUUGCUGGCAGCUACACAGAGUGACUGCAGAGAACCCCAGGUCUCCCAGAAGAUGAAGACCAUGACACUGAAGGCAUGUAAGAAGGAAGUGAAGAUGGACAGGGAGUUUCGGAAAAAAUUCAAGUUCGAAGGCAGCAUUAAUGUCCUAACUCAGAUGAUGGUCGAUCCUGCAACAACAGAGAAGAGGGGCGGAGCGAAGAACCUGCCACUGAGACGGGGAGAAAUCCUUGAUGUCAUUCAGUUUACAAAUCAGAAGCAAAUCCUCUGCCGGAACAGCCAGGGGAGGUAUGGCUAUGUGCCCCAGGCCGUGAUGCUGCCUCUGGACACUGACAUCUAUGAUGAUGUUGAGAUGUAUGGUAGGUGCACAGAACUGCUGCCAUACCCCUUCACUGGCCACAGUGACCACCACCCCAGCACCAGGAUUCCCCUCCUCCUGAUCCUUUGCUGUUUUGCUUCCUUCCCUCUUUCCCUUCCCUCUGUGCAAUUCCCCUUCUUCUCCCUGAGGUAUUCUUUACUUACUCACAGUUCCCUAAAAGUCUUCAUGUUCCUCUGUUCCCAGUUAUUUUGGCUUCUUUGCACCCUGUUCUCAGCUUGCUCCCUCCCCUUGCUGCCAGCACCAGGGCCCCUUCAAUGUCAUUUGAGGUGUCCCUGAUCCCCCAGGCAGCUCAGACUUCCCUUUCCCAAGCAGUUGUUCUCUCCUGACAUGCAAACUCCAUCCCU